AUGCACUUCGCCCUCCCACCGCGCAAGACCUCCCAUCCUCCUCCCUACGUUCGUAACAGGAACUUGAAUACUGCAACAUCCCAAAGACGACGAAAACAAAUCCAAAUCGGCGCUUACCUUGUCCUGGGGAUAUUGACGUUGUACCUUGUCGCCAGAUUUGCUCUUUCGCUCGGCUUAACAGGUGGGCACGAUGAUGGCGCAACUGCAAUCGAAGGGCCUCAAGAUAUUGUGAUCGUCACGGUAUUCGACAAUGACACCAUGAGCGAAGACUAUAUGUGGAUAGUGAAAACAAAUCGAGAUGAUUAUGCCAGAAGACAUGGAUACAGAAACUUCUAUGCCAACACGACGGCGUAUUUCGACCUUGUUGACCCCUCCCCAUUAUCCUGGUCGAUGAUACCAGCACUGCGACAUGCGUUGACGGAAUUUGGCUCAAGCACCUUUUUCUGGUCCUUGUCCGCUGAUGCUUUCAUAACCAACCCUUCAGUCUCACUGGAAUCCCAUGUUCUGCAACCGCUCGAGUCCCUCAUGCUCAAGGACAUUCCUGUCGUUCCACCGGACUCGGUUAUCCAUACAUUCUCUCACCUCAAGCCUUCACGUACGCAUUUAAUACUAUCGCAAGACAUGGACAAUCUUGCGCAUACUUCGUUUAUCCUCCGUAACACCCCGUUCAGUACAAAAACGCCAGACAAUUGGGCCCAUUACUUCUUAGAUGCCUGGUUUGACCCGUUGUACCGUGCCUACGCAUUUCAAAAAGCAGAGAACCAUGCCCUCGAGCACCUGGUCCAAUGGCACCCCACGGUUUUGGCUAAGUUGGUGCUGAUCGAGCAACGGUGGAUCAAUUCCUACAAUUAUGCAACACCACCCUCGAAAGACCCGUUGACAGGCCUCACGCGUACUCACGACAGCAUGUGGCAGGAAGGGGAUUUGGUGGUCAAUCUGAAAGGAUGCAGAGAAACGGGCAAGCGCGACUGCGAAGACGAAAUGAGAUACUACUUUACCAAAUGGGAGAAAGAGGUCGAAAGAUUAGAUGGGAAGAAGCCAGAACAUCAGGUUGGACCUCCCAAACCGAAGGUCAUAAAAGAGGAGAAAAAGAAAAGCGGCAAAGUCGAAUCUGCCAGAUUAUGA